AUGGCCGCUCCCGCCAAACUCGAUGAUCUUGAAAUGCAGCUAUUUUUCAGACCUCAUGAUUUGAAAGUCAUUCAGUCUGAUAAAACAUCACCAUAUUCUGCUCCACAAGAUUGGGAAGAUCUUUUUGAUUAUGAUACGUAUUCAGACCUUCAUCAGAAGCUUAUUGAUAAUAACUUCGAAAAACCUUCUUCCAUUCAAGCUAGCUCCAUUCAGAUCGCUAACGGCGAAGACCAUCCAAGUAUUUUAGGUCAAGCUCAAAACGGUUCUGGUAAAACCCUGGCUUUUGUUGUCAAUUCGCUUUUACGCGUUGACCGUAACUCUAGCAAAGUCCAGGUUGUUAUUUUAGUUCCAAAUAUGGAAUUGGUCGAUCAAACAGAAGAAUAUUUCCAGAAAUUAGCACCAGAGGGCGUUACAUAUACGAAAAUUGAUAAGAAUGGUGCUGAUAUUGAUCACUUAGGUCAAAUUGUUGUUACAUCACCAGGUUUAUUCUUCAACGCUGCAAAUGCGAUUCCCCAAUUGAAAGAUAUUGAUGUUUUCGUUGUAGAUGAAUGUGAUGAAGUUAUUACAAAUAAGAUUUACCACGAAGAUUUAAUCAAGUACGCUGGUGAGAUCAAGAAUGCACAGUUCCUCUUAUAUUCGGCCACUCUUGUUGAUAAACUUAACGAUUUCAUUAAUACGUUCAGACCAAAUAUGCAAAGAAUUAUUUUACCACAAAAGAACGUAAUUAACAGGACAAACAAGCACUUCUUCAUCGAUUGCAGGAAAGGAAUGGAUAAGAUUGACGCAAUUAAUAUUAUGUUCCAAUAUUUAUUCCAAUUCCAAACCUUCAUUUUCUUCAAUACAAGAAAAUACUUGCAAAAAGUUCAGAAACAACUCGAAGCUCUUAAGUUGGAAUGCGAUUGGUGCUCAGGUGAUCGUACAAAAGAUGAAAGACGUGAUGUUGUCAAAAAAUUCAGAGAACAGAAAAUCAAAGUAUUACUUACAACAAACUUACUUGCAAGAGGUAUCGAUAUCCCUUCAUGUAAGGUUGUUAUCAACUUUGAUAUGCCAAGAAAAGAGAGGGGUGAACCAGAUUAUGAGUCAUACUUGCAUCGUCAAGGAAGAUGUGGCCGUUUCGGUAAGGAAGGUAAAGUAUUCAACCUCAUAAGAGAUGAUGAAGAUAUGAAAAUGAUUGAGUACAUCAAGAAGACAUAUUCUGUCGAGAUUACUCAAAUCACUCCACAGGAUGUUCAGAAGUUCGCAGAAAAGAACAAAUAG